AUGGUUGGUUCGGGUCCCCUUUCAGUGCUGUCAUCUUCCCAAAAGGAUCUUUCUAUUUCUACUCUUGUAUCUCUUUCUGCGCCACUUCCUAAUUUCCAACAUCCUUUUACUAAGACCUCCACACCUGCGAGUCCUGAAAUUGCAACCGCAUCAGACGAAGAGAGUCUUGACAAGGCUCGUUCGUGCUUGAUGGAAGGGAUGCACUUGCUUAACGAAGUUUCUGCCCGUACCCAAACUUGUAUACAAAUUCUCGCUUCUAAACAAUUAAAUUUUGAGGAAUGUUUCCAAGCUAUGAAAAGGUUGCAAGAAAUUCAUGAUCAACUAGAAGGAGAAGCUCAAAGGUUACAGAUAGAGGUGUCGGGAUUAUCUGAAAGAAAUCAGGAAUUGGUGAAGGAUUUGAGCGAAAGCCUUGGUCAUCAAGAGGAGUUAUCAAACUCGAACCAAGAUCUUCAGCUCCAAGCAGAUGAUUUGGAGAUUUCUUGGUCGGGUAAAGAUGUUUGUAUCAAAUUACUUGAAGAUGAGCUAUCUAAUUUUAAGGUUGUGAUUGCUGAGAAGGAUGCUUAA